AUGCAGGAUUUCUCUCGGUCUGUACCUCGCCCACGGCACUCGCGGGUCAUGAAGCCCCGGAGUGCUGGCAACAGCCCUUCUUCGGCCACCAUCAAGCGCCGGGCCACGAUGCUGGCUCAAAACCAUGUAUUAUUUGGCUUGCCGGCUUAUCAGUCUUCCACUAUUCAAGCCGCCAUGCUCACUUCUGCCAUGCGGGCCCGGAAUUCUCGCCCGAUCAGCUGGCAUCCAUCAUCAGCAAGGCCGCGAGGACUAUCCAACAUGCACCGCAUCCCUGAUUUCAUCCCGGAGAACCAUCCCGGUAUGGGUGCCGUACCCGAUCAAUCAUUUGACCCGUUGCCGGCAUAUGGCAACGACAACAUGCUUUCAUAUCCUAUGCCGACACCUUAUUCUCCAUCCGACUAUUUCUCUUACUACUCCGAGGAGUCAUUUCCGCUACCAUCACAUCAGACUCAUUUGCCAAUACCGAACUCGCAGCUCGAACCCAUGGCGUGGGAUACCACACCAACCCAGCCAGAUCAAUCACUUGCGCCCCAUCCCAUGACUGAUGCGUGGACAAUGGACAUGUUCUCGCUGAACAGCAACAUUCCUCCCGCGGACAUGACAUGCCCCAGCUACGUCAGUGUGCCGUCCUCAGGCGAACUGACCGGCCCAUCGACGCCCGAUUUUCUUCCGAUCCAGCAGUUCGAGAAUAAUGAACCAAGGCCAGUGACCGAGUCGAAGACGCCCGAGGAAGAGCUUGUCGGCAUGGGUCUCUACAGCCAACCUGAUAUGCGCCUGUCGUCUGCACUGCAAGCAAGUCCUGGCAAGGGGUUGAAGCUGGAAGAAACUUUCAUCCCGACAGACGACCAAGAUGAUGGCUCCCAAAGUAGCGAUGGAGAGAUGAACGGCCAAGACCCAGUUGUUCCGCAACAACUCUUCCCGUCAGCCGAUGCCACGCCCACACCCCGACAGACAGGCCUGCCUGCUGCGAGACAGUCCUCCAAGCAAGCUCUCAACCUUCUCCACAAAUCUUUCUUCUUUGAGUCCGACGAUUCCGACCAGCAGACAAUGCCUGCUACGCAGCCCUUUGCCAGCCUCAACCCACCAUGCAUGACUUAUGGGUAUGGCUGGAUUUGA